CAACUCAACUACUAUCACACACACAAAAACUCAAAACACACAACACACACAACACACAAGAUAGAUAUUAUUAUUUCAUCUUAUCAAAACAUCAUCAUCCGAAGAGAAAAUGGUUGCGACAUCGGAAGAGAUUAAGUCGACGGUGGAUGUCACGGCUGCGAAUUGUCUGAUGCUAUUGUCAAGAGUUGGACAAGAAAACGUUGACGGUGGUGGAGAUCAAAAACGCGUUUUCACAUGUAAAACGUGUUUGAAGGAGUUCCAUUCGUUUCAAGCCUUGGGAGGUCACCGUGCGAGUCACAAGAAGCCUAACAACAACAACAACGAGACCUUGUCGUCGUCUGGUUUGGUUAAGAAGGCUAAAACCACAUCUCAUCCUUGUCCCAUAUGUGGAGUUGAGUUUCCGAUGGGGCAAGCUUUGGGAGGGCACAUGAGGAGACACAGGAACGAGAGUGGCGCUGCAGGCGCGUUGGUUACACGCGCUUUAUUGCCGGAGCCGACGGUUACGACGUUGAAGAAAUCUAGCAGUGGGAAGAGAGUGGCUUGCUUGGAUCUCAGUUUAGGGAUGGUUGAGAAUUUGAAUCUGAAGCUGGAGCUUGGAAGAACAGUUUAUUGAUUGAUUUUUUUUUAUUCUCAUAAUGUUCUGAAAAUAUUAUUUUUCUAUAUCAUUCUUUGAAUUUUUCUUAAUAUUUUAGGAUUAUACAUACAUCUGCAGAUUUAGGAAACUUUCAUAGGGAUGUGUAAUAUAAUUUUGUUUCUGUAAAAAUAUAUUGUUCUUAUUAUAGCAUUGGAGAUUUGUAUAUCUUACUUGAUUAGCAUUUCCCAUUUUGGUGAAAAAUA